GAGUGGAAGGAAGAAAAAAACGAGGAUCAGUCAUCUGGCCAGCUAAAAGAACGACGUAUGAGACUACCGCAAAGGAAGGGCUAUCGAACGGGACAUAGAAAUGGCACGUCUGCGUUUGUAUUUCGGCUCCAACCGUAGCAACACUGCCCCGGACAUACUGGAAGGAGAUACAGAAGAUCAGCAGAGGGACAGUGAUGUAGCUUCGGCACUUCACACUCAACAGGCAGUAGCACCAGGUUCAUCUCAGGAGGCAACCGAACAGCCAACUUCUUCAGUGGCGUUUGGCCCGCGGUCAGACCCGCUGCUUAAGCGCAGUUCUUCUAUGUUCAUACCGCAGCUUGCAGCUUACGCUGAGCCGCGGCCUACGAAAAGCUCCUCCAUGCACAUUUCUCUUCAGCGCUCUGAUGGAGCAAGUAACGGGGAUUCCGGUAGCCUCACUGAUGAUGUUUUGCCACCUUAUUAUACUCCUCCAGGACCUGUGCCAACGUACGCCGAAGUUUCAGGUCAAGCUGAUAUUCCGCGACAACCGCCCCCUCCUUACUGCGGCCCAGAUUCUCCUAACCAACAAAUAUUUGUGACUGACCCCAACUUUCCAAGGCGCAGGGUUUUCAGCAUCGGUUCAAACGGUCAUAACGUGUACAGCAGGACCCACCCAGGUAUCAGCGUUAGUGGAAUUCGUAUCCGGAGGAACUCGACCGAUGGUUCUGACGUACAGCAUCUACGAAUUUUGCCUUACGGUAGUUCUGCUUGGACUGUCCAGCAGCAGUCUCCUGCCUCUAAUAGUGGAGGGCAGCGACUCGUCUUUCAGCUUCAGCAAAAUCAGAACCGAGAUCUGAGCAGGCAGCAGUCAGAUUCAAGCCAGGAGGACCACAACAAUGUUGGAUUUGUUAGAUCAACCAGCGGCCGUAUUGUCCGUUACCCAAGAAUUAAAUUGGAACGAGGUUCAUCUCCACUUUUGCAGGAGAACGCACCAGAAAUUGUAACAGAUACUCAGACGGUUUGUUCUGACAACCAACCAGUAGAGGAAAAUCUGAGAAUAGACUCAAGAUCUAAUGGAUGUACUUUCAAAGUCGGUGGGGACCCCUCUCCAAGGCAGCCCCAUCUCAAGAUUUACUUCACACCUGGCGGAAGUGGAGAUCAAGAUGUGAUUGACGCAGCAGCAAGUAAUCCCAAGACCAGAGAUGAUUUCCUGGGACAAGUGGAUGUUCCUCUUAGUCAUUUGCCGACAGAGGACCCCGCCAUGGAGCGCCCCUACACGUUUAAAGACUUCCUAUUGCGGCCUAGAAGUCACAAGUCCAGGGUGAAAGGUUACCUGCGCCUGAAAAUGGCUUACCUGCCCAAACAAGGAGGACAUGAGGACGAAGCUGGGGACAUGAGGGAGGAGGCAGAGGGUUGGGAUGAGUCGGCGGAUUCAGGCUCGCAGCGACCGCAGCAACUUCUCCCACCGUUGCCUCCUGGUUGGGAAGAAAAAGUGGACAACCUGGGACGUACCUACUACGUCAACCACAACAACCGAUCCACGCAGUGGAAACGGCCUUCCAACAUGGAUAUGAUUUCGGAAACGGAGAGUGACAAUCGCCAACGUCAGAUCCACCAGGAAGCACAUCGCGUCUUCCGUUCGAGACGCCACAUCAGCGAGGACCUGGAAAAUGAGCACAUGGAGCCACGUGAUGUUAUAGACACUUCCUGGGAACUGAUCACAGAGGAAGACCCUAAUGACAGCCUCGCCCAGUCCCAUCCUGGCACAUCCUCCAUGCUCACCCCACAGCCCCCGCCGACGCCCGUCUCCCAGGAGUUCGCCGACGAUUUAAGCUUGAGGCUGUCGUUCACCCCCGACGCCAACGGCGAAGUUCCCGGUCCUAGCUCGGUUCUGACCCAGCUGUCAAACCGACUGCGCUCUUCCAGUAUGACUGACGGUGUUAGCGAUCAGGCCCAGCCUCCUCCUCUUGCGCAGCGUUCCCAUUCCAGAAGAACCAGAGCUCAAACAGUCUCAGGUGGUGAGGAUACCACGUCUCCCACAGCUACAGCGUUCAACCUGACCACCUUGGGCCUGCCCCCUGGAUGGGAGGAGCGGAAGGACACCAAAGGGAGAACUUAUUACGUCAACCAUAACAACCGCACCACUACCUGGACUAGGCCCAUUGUGCAGCUGACUGAAGAUGGUGCGAGCACGGCAGCGGCGUCAGGCGCAGCUCCCACACCUUCCCCUUCUUCCAAUGCUUCCUCUAAUGCCUCCAACAACCACCUCCAUGAGCCCCAAGUCCGACGACCUCGUAGUCUCAGCUCCCCUACUGUCACCCUGUCGACCCCCUUGGAGGGGGCCAGCAACAUCCAAGCAAGGCGUGCGGUGAAGGACACCUUCUCCAACCCUCAGUCACCACAACCGUCGCCCUACAGCUCUCCCAAAUCACAACAUAAGGCCCAGCAAAGCUUCCUACCGCCAGGCUGGGAGAUGAGGAUAGCUCCCAAUGGACGGCCUUUCUUCAUCGACCACAACAGCAGAACCACCACCUGGGAAGAUCCCAGGUUGAAGUAUCCGGUCCAUAUGCGAAAUAAGAACUCCAUGGAGCCCGGUGAACUUGGCCCACUUCCGCCCGGGUGGGAAGAGCGAAUUCACACGGACGGACGCACUUUCUACAUUGACCACAAUACAAAGAACACGCAGUGGGAGGACCCCCGCCUCCAGAGUCCUGCUAUAACUGGACCCGCUGUUCCAUAUUCUCGAGAGUUUAAGCAAAAAUACGACUACUUUCGGAAGAAGCUGAAGAAACCGGCUGACAUCCCGAACCGAUUCGAGAUGAAGCUGCACCGCAACAACAUCUUCGAGGAGUCCUAUCGUCGGAUCAUGUCGCUCAAGAAGCCCGACGUCCUGAAAGCGCGCCUGUGGAUCGAGUUCGAGUCGGAGAAGGGGUUGGACUAUGGCGGCGUGGCCCGCGAAUGGUUCUUCCUCCUGUCCAAGGAGAUGUUUAACCCCUACUACGGCCUCUUUGAAUACUCUGCCACCGACAACUACACCCUUCAGAUCAACCCCAACUCGGGUUUGUGCAACGAGGACCACCUGUCAUAUUUCAAGUUCAUCGGACGGGUAGCGGGAAUGGCUGUUUUUCACGGGAAGCUACUGGACGGCUUUUUCAUUCGGCCAUUCUACAAGAUGAUGCUGGGUAAACAGAUCUCCCUGAAGGACAUGGAGUCUGUGGACAGUGAAUAUUACAACUCUCUAAAGUGGAUCCUGGAGAACGAUCCCACGGAACUGGACUUGCGGUUUUGCAUCGAUGAGGACAACUUCGGACAGACAUACCAAGUGGACCUCAAACCAAGCGGCUCAGACUUGGUGGUCACCAACGACAACAAGAAGGAAUACAUCGAUUUGGUUAUCCAGUGGCGAUUUGUCAAUCGGGUGCAGAAGCAGAUGAACGCCUUCCUGGAGGGCUUCACCGAACUAAUCCAAAUAGAUCUGAUCAAGAUCUUUGACGAAAAUGAACUGGAGCUGCUCAUGUGCGGCCUGGGUGACGUUGACGUCAAUGACUGGCGGCAGCACACUGUUUACAAGAAUGGCUACUGUCCCAACCACCCGGUCAUCCAGUGGUUCUGGAAGGUUGUCCUGUUGAUGGAUGCCGAAAAGAGGAUCCGACUUCUUCAGUUCGUUACAGGAACGUCACGGGUGCCAAUGAAUGGCUUCGCUGAGCUAUAUGGUUCGAACGGACCUCAGUUGUUCACUAUUGAGCAGUGGGGAACGCCGGAUAAGCUGCCCAGAGCCCACACUUGUUUCAACCGCUUGGACCUUCCCACCUACGACUCAUUCGAAGACCUGCGGGAGAAGCUUCUCAUGGCCGUGGAGAACGCGCAGGGCUUUGAGGGAGUCGACUAAAAAAGUGGCUAGUUGGGGGUAGGAGACCUCCAGGAGAAAAAGCGGCAUCCCGACCCGACCUUUAUCGGAAUUGACAUACAAGGGAAAAAAAUGUCCAAACCGGUAGCAUGUGGUUAGCAAACGCCGGACCGUUAGCCAUAAUCGACUGUCUUUCAACGCAGUCCGGGGGAGAGAAUUUAAUCCCGUGGCAUGAGCAUGGAAAAAACAUCCAGGCACCACUAAAUUUUGUGGAAGCACUACUACUAACUACUAACAUUUCACCACGCAUCCGAGGCCUUAACAUGGCUCCCAUCACCGGAUUACCUUAGCGAUAAAACUAGCCAAUUACACUUCAGGAAGCCUGCCACGCCCCCUCUCCUAUGUUGCCACAGGAGCCUUUUAGUCGAUAUAGGGGAUGUUUUUUUGUUUUUUAAAUUCCUUCAGGAAAUAUAACCUAUUUGUACUGAUGUUUACCGUUUUGACAAUUUUCCGUAAUCACGCUAAGUGAAGCGCAAACACAUAAACAUCCGACUCAUUUGUUUUGGUGGUGAAUAGCAAACAUGUUCAAUGACUCAAAUGUUUCUUUUUUUAUAUUGUUAAAGUAAUUAUGGCUACUCCGAACGGUGCGCGGAAACCUAGCAUGAAAUCGACGCGCGUCAGCUAGUUUCUGUCAAGACUAUCUUCAUACGAAAAGUCCUGGCUUGUUUAUAACGCUGUAAAUUGUUCUUUUGACUACGUAUAAAUGUAUGUAUACAUUACAUCUAACAGAAGUAUUAAUGAUCAACACUAAAAAUGAAGUGUGUGUGAGCGCGCGAGAAAGCUGUGAUUUAAAAAAUCUCUUGAAUAUUAUUUAGCAGCAUGUUUCUUACAGAAAAAAAAUCUUUGUUUUCUAACACCGCGGAACCUAAAGGGCACUUUAUACAUCACUGAGGUCACCUGUGUCAUCGUCUACUUUUUUUGGAAUGUGAUUCUAUUUCAUACGCAGCGCUUCAUCGGUGCAGUAGAAGCCAAACUCAUGUGGUUAAAGCUGCUAAACCAACCACGUUUUGGAAGAAGACGAAUAUUCACUUCCUCUAUUGCAUCUCACCUUGUCAGAUAUCCUUUUGUAUAUGCUUUGCCUAUUUUCUUAUGGGUGACAUACUGUAUAUGCCACUGCUGUCAACUCCUUGUGGUUAACUUAAGUCCAAUAAAAGUGACACUUCUCUCA